AUGACACCGAAUGAAAUGCAAUCGAUGAAUGCUGCCAUCGAUGCAGAAUGUCCCAUUUGUCAGUGUCGAAUGGUUGUCCCUACGGCAGUUCCGGGGUGUAGGCACUGGUUUUGCUUCACCUGUCUGAAAGGAGUUUGCAUGAAUGAACAGUGCCCAUUGUGUCCAAUGUGCCGCGGAAAAAUUGAUUUAGGCAUUUUCAAUCUCCCAAGUCGAGAUCUCGACUUGAAAAUGGAUGUUCCGAUUUCACCAGUGGUCGUGCAGAAAAACCGAGCAGGCAUAAAUAGAGCUGACGGAAACACUACAGUUUCUCCGAUCGACUUCGACGAUACGCCAGAAGAUCUUUCCAAAGAGGACCAGAAGAAAAUGUACUGGCUGUACCGUGGCAAGAGCCAAGGCUGGUGGCGAUUCGAUCCACGUCACGAAAGAGAAAUCGAAGAAUCGUAUCUCAAAGGAAAACUUCAAUGCGAAGUGCUGAUUUGCGGAAGGACGUACAUCAUCGAUUUCCAAAGAAAAUGUCAGUAUCUUCAAAACCAGCCAUCACAAGCACGAGAAGUAACACGCGUCUCUGCUGAAGAGUUCGACGGAAUGGAAGUCAAAGGGCUUGCAGGAGUUUUUGUACCUACAUCAUAA